ACCCAAAUCAUUCAGAGAGAGAGCUUCUGAGACAUAAACAUCAAUUCAAAUUGACGCAAGCAUAAACAAAAUGGAAAAUGGAAGUGGGAAGGUGUUGAAGCCGAUGGACUCAGAGCAAUUGAGAGAAUACGGACAUCGAAUGGUUGAUUUCAUUGCUGAUUAUUACAAAACCAUCCAAGAUUUCCCUGUUCUUAGCCAAGUUCAGCCUGGUUAUCUUCAUAAGCUUUUGCCUGAUUCCGCACCAGACCACCCUGAAACUGUAGACCAAGUUCUUGAUGAUGUUCGGGCGAAGAUAUUGCCUGGGUUGGGUUACUUCUCCAGCUGCUACCGAGCUAGAAAUGAUUGUGCUUGAUUGGCUUGCUAAACUGCUCAACCUACCUGAGCAGUUUAUGUCCAAAGGAAAUGGAGGUGGAGUUAUACAAGGGUCAGCUAGUGAAGCUGUUCUUGUUGUUCUCAUUGCUGCCCGCGACAAGGUUUUAAGAAGCGUUGGCAAAAACGCACUUGAAAAGCUCGUUGUCUACUCCUCUGACCAGACUCAUUCAGCUUUACAGAAGGCUUGCCAGAUUGCUGGAAUCCAUCCAGAGAAUUGCAGGGUGCUGAAAACCGAUUCUGCUACAAAUUACGCUCUGCGCCCAGAAUUGCUUCAAGAGGCUGUUUCUCGAGAUCUUGAAGCUGGAUUGAUUCCAUUCUUCUUAUGUGCUAAUGUUGGAACCACUUCUUCAACCGCAGUUGAUCCAUUAGCUGCACUGGGAAAGAUAGCUAACAGAAAUGAGAUGUGGUUUCACGUGGAUGCAGCAUACGCUGGAAGUGCUUGUAUAUGUCCAGAGUAUCGACAAUACAUUGACGGUGUCGAAACUGCAGACUCUUUUAACAUGAAUGCUCACAAAUGGUUCCUCACUAACUUCGAUUGUUCCCUUCUUUGGGUUAAGGAUCAAGAUUCUCUUACAUUAGCUCUUUCAACAAAUCCAGAGUUUCUCAAAAACAAGGCCUCUCAGGCAAACUUGGUUGUUGAUUACAAAGAUUGGCAAAUCCCUCUCGGACGAAGAUUCAGAUCAUUGAAACUAUGGAUGGUUUUGAGGCUCUAUGGAUCUGAGACCUUGAAGAGCUAUAUAAGAAACCAUAUCAAACUGGCUAAAGAAUUCGAACAACUUGUCUCUCAAGAUCCUAACUUCGAGAUUGUCACACCUCGGAUCUUUUCUCUUGUCUGUUUCCGCCUCGUGCCUGUGAAAAACGAAGAAAAGAAGUGUAAUAACCAAAACCGUGAACUCCUAGACGCAGUGAACUCUUCAGGGAAACUCUUCAUUUCUCACACUGCUUUGUCGGGGAAAAUCGUACUGCGUUGCGCAAUAGGAGCGCCAUUGACGGAGGAGAAGCACGUGAAGGAGGCGUGGAAGGUUAUUCAGGAAGAAGCAUCUUACUUGCUUCACAAGUAAAUAUGAUUAAAAAAAAAGAAUAAAACGGUUUUUGCCAA